AUGGCUGCAGAAGAGAAGUGGAAAUAUUGGGCUUCAAAGCAGCACAGUGGGGCUGGAGAAGCAGGUGAAAAGGAACCGUGUGUGCUUCUGGGCCAGCAGCUGGCUGAACCAGGAAGGUUCGCUUAUGCGGCGCUUUGUGGGAUGUCCCUUGCAUGGCUCUUCCCUGAAGAAGAGCAAAGCUCCUUCCGGACGGGAUUCAUUGAGGGCUUUGUGAAGUGGCUGGGCCUGCCCAAUGCUGUCUUACCUGCCAUGACAGCAUUCGCUAAUGGCUUAGGAGGUGAAGGCACAGAAAGUUUUGCCCAGCUUUUGCUGCAGGAUCCCAUCUUGAAAGAAAAUCCAGUCGUCAUCACCCAAGACCUUCUAUCCUUCUCUCUCAGAGAUGGGCACUACGAUGCUCGAGCCAGGGUUUUGAUCUGCCACAUCACCUGGCUGCUGAGAAUCCCCUUGGAGGAGCUGGAAGUCCUGGAGGAAUCUCUGCUUGAAAGCCUGAAGGAACAAAAAGAGGAAGAGUCAGAAACUGCAGAAGCAGCAAGAAAAAAGAAGGAAAGAAGGAAGAAGCUGAAGAGGUACCUGCUGAUCGGUCUGGCAACCGUCGGAGGCGGCACAGUGAUCGGCUUGACAGGGGGUCUUGCUGCCCCUCUGAUUGCUGCGGGAGCUGCUACAGUCAUUGGAAGUGCUGGAGCAGCUGCUUUAGGUUCAACUGCUGGAAUUGCUGUCAUGGCAUCGCUUUUUGGAGCAGCUGGAGCUGGUCUUACUGGGUAUAAGAUGAAGAAGCGUGUGGGAGCCAUAGAAGAGUUUGAAUUCCUCCCACUUACUGAAGGAAAGCAGCUUCACAUCACCAUAGCAAUUACUGGUUGGCUGUGCACGGGCAAAUAUGGGAGCUUCACAGCACCAUGGAGCAGCAUGUUGCAGUCGAGCGAGCAGUAUUGUCUGGCCUGGGAAUCCAAGUACUUGAUGGAGCUUGGCAAUGCCUUAGAUACCCUGCUGAAUGGGUUUGUGAACAUGAUGGCUCAAGAAGCCCUCAAAUUCACUGUCUUGUCAGGUAUUGUGACAGCUCUGACUUGGCCAACCUCGCUCCUGACUGUUGCCAGUGUCAUUGACAACCCCUGGGGAGUGUGUCUCCAUCGCUCUGCUGAAGUAGGCAAGCACCUAGCACAUAUCCUGCUCAGCCGACAGCAGGGCAAGCGACCUGUCACACUGAUUGGCUUCAGUCUGGGUGCAAGAGUCAUUUACUUCUGCCUGCAGGAAAUGGCUCAAGAAAAAGACUUCCAAGGCAUCAUUGAAGAUGUGGUCUUACUGGGAGCUCCCGUGGAAGGAGAUCCCAAGUACUGGAAGCCUAUUACACAAGUGGUGUCGGGCAGGAUCAUAAAUGGUUACUGCAGGGGGGACUGGCUGCUGGGGUUUGUGUACAGAACCUCUUCUGCCCAGAUCAAUGUUGCAGGCCUCCAGCCGGUGGACCUGGAUGACAGGAGGAUGGUAAACAUGGACCUUUCAUCUGUAGUCAGCGGCCACCUGGACUACAUGAAGCAAAUGGACACGAUCCUCAAAGCUGUGGGCAUUAAAACCAAGGAACAGAAGGGCAGUGGCAGCCUCUCCUCCCCUCCAGCCAGGAAAUCCCAGCAGGCCGCGGGCAGUGGGACUUGGGAAGAGGAAGGCACUGGGCAGGAGGAGGAGGAGGAUGCGAGUGAGGCUGGCCCAGCCAGUGCUCGCUGCCCAGAUUCCCCCAGCCCUGUCUUGGGAGGAACCAAGGAACAGGCAGCAG